CUUUUCUGACUGGUGGCAAUGGGCUCCUCCUUCUGAUCCAAAACAAAUAUUGACGCACGAUCUCUUAGAGUUCGCCCAUUCGUCAUUCUCUAAAGAUUCCAACAUUUUGAUUUCAACAUCUUUCUCAAGAACUGCUAAGUCUUUUUGCCACAAUUAACCGCUAAACAACUUUCUCAAAACCAGGGAAACGAGAUCCACUACCGGAUAACCUUUGUGGUAGAGUGUAGUCCUCUUCGACAAAAUGGUGAAGAUUUCCGUCCUCAACGAUUGCUUGAACAGCAUUGUCAACGCUGAGAAGCGUGGCAAGCGUCAGGUCUUGAUCAAGCCGAGCAGCAAGGUAAUGAUACAGCGCUUUGAUUACCAUUUUCUCUUCGGCUGUUGCUAUGUUUUUGAAUGCUGUGAUCUUCAGUAGGUGUUGACCUACUUCACUAGAUGUUGUGGUCGUCAUCUUUAGGACCUGGAUUUAGAUUCCUUGAAGCCAUUCAUAAAAAAUUUUAGACCACUGAACUCUUAAGCAAAUUAGAUUUAGAUUCGGAGCUUCCUCACAAGCAGACGAUUCCUCCAAGGCCGGGCCACUGGCUCACUGCAGUCUCAAGCUCGAAAAGCUUCGCAACCGAGGAAGAAUUUAAAUUCAUCAUAUGUGUUCGGGUCGAGGAACCUUUUUAAACACACAGGUCGAGGAACCUUUUUAAAACAUCAUCCAAAAUUUCUUCCCAGGUGAUCGUCAAGUUUCUGUCUUGUAUGCAGAAGUACGACUACAUCGGCGACUUCGAGAUCGUCGAUGACCAUCGUGCCGGAAAGAUCGUUGUCAACCUGAUCGGACGCUUGAACAAGUGCGGAGUCAUCUCUCCUCGUUUCGAUGUCACUUUGUCCGAGAUCGAGCAGUUGGCGUCCGACAUCUUGCCAUCCCGUCAGUUCGGCCACUUGGUGUUGACCACCACCUACGGUUUGAUGACCCACGAGGAAGCCCGUCGCAAGCACACCGGUGGAAAGAUCGUUGGCUUCUUCUUCUAAAUGCUGUAUGGGCAGAGGGAGACGGGCACGUGAUGAGAGCAGAGGAGCUCGUGGAGCUGCUGUAGACAAGAAGAUGCGCAUGAAGACGUGUAGCUUUUCUUGGCAUGAGAUUGUCUAAUUUUCCUGGGAUCAUGAGUCACCUCCUGCUAUUCUUCAAAAUGUCAAGAUCCAUGUGAGGGCGUUCUGCGAAGAGCUACAAACAAAAGUACAGGCCACACCUAAAAAGAGCUUUGGCCAAAGCUUGCAGGUUGGUUGGGGUGAUGCAGUUGCUUGUUUGGGGUG